UUACUUUGGCGUACACCGUCCGACAGUCGACAGUCUUUCUCGUUUCGCGACCGCGCGCUAAAAUUCAUCAUUGCAUCUUCAACGUCGCGGAUAGAUCCGUUCUCCAAAAUCGAGUCAUCGCCAAGUGGAAUUAAAAUAGUGCAACGUAGAUCGACUAGACAAGUUUCAAUCGGCUAGAUGAUUUCGUCUUAAAAGAGCUCAGCUAAAGUAACGACCGAAGCUCGCCGAAGAGACGCGAAGAAGAGAGGAACAGAGCGAUCGUCGCGGAAAGAAGAGACUGGAAACCGCAAAUUGAAUAUUAAUCAAACGAUGGUGACGGAAGGACAGGAGAAGAAAUAUGACGAGUACAAGACUACGCUGGACGCGGACACGCUGGAAACGGCCAGAUUGGAGCUACGCGAGGACGACAGCACGAGGGAGCACGCGCUGGAGCAAUUGCGCCAUUGGAUCGAGAAACAUUCUGCGAUCAAGAAAUGCAGGACCGACUCGGUUUUCCUACUAAGAUUUCUCAGAACGAAGAAGUUCAGUCUGCCGAUGGCGCAGGAGAUGCUGGAGCGCUAUCUCACUAUCAGGCAACUCUAUCCCCACUGGUUCCAGAAGCUCGACGUUGACGACCCGGACCUCGAGGCCAUCAUCGACAGCGGUUAUUUGGUACCAAUGCUGAAGCGAGAUCAGCAUGGUCGAAAAGUGAUAAUGUCGUGUGCAGGGCGUUUCGACCCCAACAAAUACUCAUCGGCGCACAUGAUCCGGAUCCACAGUAUGGUGGUGGAGACCUUGAUGGACGAUGAGAAAAGUCAGGUCCACGGCUACACGUAUCUCAACGACGAGGCGGGAUUGACCAUGAGCCAUUUCAGCACGUGGUCCUUCACGGACAUUCGCAAUAUACUGAGGUGCAUACAGAACAGCACGCCGAUGCGUCACAAGGAGACGCACCUCAUCAAUAUUCCCAGCAGCGUGGCGAAGAUCCUCGAAUUCGGCACCUCUCUGCUGAGCGACAAGCUCAAGUCCCGCAUUAUAAUACACAGGAACAUAGAAGAGCUGAAGGAAGCGGUGGACCCGAAGAUCCUGCCGAAAGAAUACGGCGGAGAAGUACCGCUCUCGGAAAUGAUCGCCGAAUUUAAGAAGGUGCUGAAACAGAAGAAGGACGAGCUCAAGGCCCUCGACGACAUGUGCAUUGAGGUAUCACCGAAAGACUACCAGGAGGCUAACGAAGAAUUUAACGGAAUAUGCGGUUCAUUCCGAAAGCUGGAGGUCGAUUAAGAGCGAUCUAUUUGCACUAUGAUCUUACAAUCUUACAUUGUCGGCACCUCACUUAAAUAGUUAUUUCCGUAAUAUGUGUGAUGUACACGUCGUAUUAAUCCAUUAAAUCCUGGAGGAGACCUGUACGCGUUUUUCUGUUU